UUUUGGUAUAUUUCUGAGGGUCGGGCGAUAAAUCCGCGGCCACACUGAUGGAAACGCAACAGACAAAAAAUACAUUAAAGCUUUGUUGCGGCGUUGAAGAAAUGCGAAAAUGUUUCUAUAACGCACAUCGAAAGGCCGGACAAUUGGAAACACAAACUAACAGCCCGAACAAGGGUUCGGAAACAACACCCUUCCACCGGAAACCUCGAGAAGAGCACAUCGUCAUGGCGAAGGCGAACGGUUGGUGCGGAAGUUCCUCAAAAUAUACGCGCACCACAGAGCUGCGGCGCGUCGAGGAUAACGACAUCUACAAGCUGGCCACAAUUUUGGAUGUCAAUGCAUGCUGGCGAAAGCUUAUGUCGAUCAUACCCAAAGGCCUGGACGUGCAGGCCUGCAGCGCAGCCGGUGCGGUGAAGAUUACUGCCAACGGCGGGCCAAAGUAUACAGCUCAAGACAUAAGCCUGAUUGACGGAGUUGCGGAGAGGUUACCUCCCGAUCAAAGCAUUUCGCAGGUAAUGAUUGAUGAGUGGAAAACUUCGGGGAAGCUAAACGAGCGCCCCACUGUCGGAGUGCUACUGCAGCUCCUAGUAGAAGCAGAGCUUUUCAGUGCAGCUGAUUUCGUGGCGCUAAAUUUCCUGAAUGAGCCCAAACCUGAGCGCCCUGCUGAUGGACCAGCGGCGCAUUUCAGCCUAGAGCUCGGCGACGAUAUGGACGUGGACACCGAGGCGACGGAUGCAAGCUAUCUGCCCAACACAGCAUUGAAUGCGGCUGCCCAAGGUAGUCUGGGAUUCAACUUAGAUUACUUUGACAAGCACAUGGUGCGGCGCGACAAGAGUGUGCCGCAACCAUCAGCGAGUGUUCCUCCCACAGCGCCGCCUCGUUCCUCGCGACAUCAAAGGAACGCUGCCAGCCCUAGCGCCUCGACGGGCACCACAUCUGCGACGGCAACCACUCCCAAUAUACCUAAUCUAACAAUCCUCAAUCCCAGCGAACAACUACAGGAGCCGGCGCAGGUUGAGCAGCCGCCUCCACAAAAUAUCCCAAAUCUGUCUAUACUCAUUAACAGCUCAGCAGCAUCAAUGACAACGGCUUCAACUGCGCUUGAGAAUACGAGCAAUGGAAGCAGCUCCACAGAUCCACCCAACAUACCAAUAAUCACUCUUUUAAUUGAUAACCCCGCCGAGAUAAGCGGCCCUGUCGCUGCGGAUGCUGUAUCAGCCAAUUCGACUACUACCCCUACGGCGGCAAGCCUCAAUAAUUUGCCAAUGAUAAGUGCUUUAAAUUUGAACGCUGAGAAUGGCGAAGUCUUCCAUCAAGACAGUGGUAGCACAAGUAGUUUGAGUAACGACGAAGAUGACGAUGACGACAUAGACGAAGAGGGAGACUACGCCGAUGCAUCCCUGCCAAACCUAAGCAAUUCCGAGCAGCACAACUCAAACAACGACUCCAGUCUGACGACGGUCACUGGUACAAGCGGUGAUAAUAGCUUUGAACUAACCAACGACUCCAGCUCAGCUUCGAACGAUGAUUAUGCCAGCAACAUUCCGAACUUGAGUGAAUUGCAGCAGUAGAUAAAUAUGUAAAUCAGACGACUUAAUCGUCCGAAUACUUAGUUUCCGGACAACAAGCCAGACAUUCCAUUCCGUUAACCAUAUUAGCUUAAGUCUAUACAAUGUGCAUGUUCGUGUAUUUACUUUAUACGUUAUGUUA